AUGGACCCGACGAUCCCCGAAUUCCGUCCCCAGGCGCUGGCGCAGCCAACUGAUGAGCCGCGGCCAGACACGUCCGAGGAAUCCCAGUGGCGGACGACCUGCCGAACUUGCGGGGAAAAGUUCAAGUCACGCAACCAGCUCAUGAGGCAUCUGUACAAGAGUCAUCCAGGAAAGCCUGCGAAAUCGAAGGCAUCUCCCAAGGCGACCCAGCUGCGUAUCGCACCUCAGUCACCUGUUGCCCCCAAACCAGGGCACUCGCAGCCGCACUCACAGUCGCAGUCGCAGUCACGGUCACGGGUCCACCCUUUCGCUCUUCUAUCGUACCAGCAGCAGGUCGCAUUUGCCGGGCAUGUCCUGUUCGCGAUUUUCUCCAUUGGCAUGAAGCAAUUGGAGGAGGAGGGAAAGGAGCAGCAGCAGCGGGAGCGGCACCAGGAGCAACUCCAGAAUCAUGGAGCUCUUUCACUCCAGGGAGCCGGUGACUGGAAGCCGCAGAAAGGGCCAACGUCUGCCACACCGGGUCCAGAGGCUGCGGUUCCGUCGCAGGCUAGCCCUGACCGCACGCCCAGCCCGGACCAGAUAUCUCGCGGGAAGCCGGAGAACGGUGCAGAGUCGGAAGACUCUGAUGACGAAGACGGUGGCGUUGCCCUCUUUGGACCAGCCUAUGGCGACUUGCCUUUUCGGCCGGGAGAGAAGGGGAACGUAGCCUUGGAGGAUUCAAAGGGUGCCUGCGAAUUGGAUUAUUACGACUGGGAUUUGAGUUGA